AUGGCCGCUCGCGCUAUCCAGAGAGUUUUCGUUGGCAACCUGCCCUGGACGAUCGGACACCAAGAAUUGCGCACCUACUUCUCAGAGUUCGGCAAUGUGGCGUCUGCCUACGUCGUCUUUGACAAGAACACCGGAAUGAGCCGUGGCUACGGCUUUGUAACCUUCGGCAACCAGAACGCAUACUCGAACGCCCUCAACAAGCAGAAUCAUCACCUAGAAGGCCAGCACUUGUCAGUCAAUCCAGUGCAGCAGAACCAAUAA